ACACGAUAUCAUUCAUUGAAAAAUGAGCUCAUUAACCAUUCUAAAAUCAAUUCGAAUAAAAUGCUGCGCAAAACAACACGUCAAAUAAUUUUGUUUUUACUAAAUUCACUAAUUCUGCCACAACUAAUCGUUUCCAAGGGCCUCUAUGCUGUAUCCGUUGUAAAAUCCUUUAAUACCCAUUACUUGAAAGAGUAUAAUGUUCAUAUUAAUCCCGGCAAUGAUUCACUCGAUAUUUAUCUAAAAAUUGCCAAAACAUUCGAUCAGAUACCAUGGCUAUCAUUGGCGUUAAAUUUAAAAGACACGGCAACGAAUAGAUCACGACGUCUACUGCAAUACGAUGUCAAUGUGUGUGAUCUAUUGGACAAGGGACGAGGAAAAUUCCUCACAGCAUGGAUUCAUAAUUUUUGGCGAUAUGGUAAUUUACCCAGAAGUUGUCCCUUCAAAGAGGGCGUCUACUAUUGGAAUAACCUAACGUUGGAUACCAGAAAUAUACCACCAUUUCUAAUGUUACCCUCACACUAUGAAGCCCUGAUUAAAAUCUAUUUUAAAAAGAGAUCGAAAAAGGAAAUGAUAUCAGACACAAAAUUGACAAUGGAAUGGAAAUAAAAGUGGAGAAACAAUAGAAAAAAACGAGAUUAGAAAUUUAAAAUUUUUACCUUUAAAAAAUAUGACCUAUAAAACGACUCCCUGGAGAAGCAAGAGCUCAUUUAUAA